AUGCUUCUUUUCAGGAUAAAAUUACGGCCGCGAAUGCUGCGAGACGUUUCUCAACAGGACAUCUCUGUCACGGUUCUAGGCCACCAGCUUAGCAUGCCAAUUUGUGUGUCACCUACUGCUUAUCAAGCAAUGGCACAUCCAGACGGGGAACUGGCCACAGUCAGAGGUAAACUAACAGUUCUUACACUGAAUUCCGACUAAUGCGACCAGAUCGGGUUUUGCUAACCCGAUAAAAAAUUUAAAGUCUCUCAAUUACAUUGAUUACGAAAAAGGCUACAUCUCCUAACGUACUCUGAAAUCUUCCACGCUUGAAGUGGUACAUUAUAGUUGGAUGGCAUAGCAGGGCUAAAAAUUACUGAAUUUAUUUAUCCUUAAGACAACUUAGAUUCCCAUUCAUUGUCGUUUGCAGAGAACGUACUACGUACAUACGUACUCUUGUCACUAAGCAGAGACAAAGCUUUGUCGUGAUAUUGCUGUUUGUCCAUAACCACAACACAAUUACCCUUGUCAGCAGAUAAUACGAGCCUGUCCGGAUCCUUUUUGAGAGCUAUAAGCGCAUUGAAAACAUCCUUUUGAAUGUUUUUGGGAGGGGGUUUAGCACGCCUGAGUAUGCUACUUACUUCUGCUGUUACCAAAUGCCUACGAUCGUCGUUGAGUUGAGAGAUACUCUCCUCAACAGUGGCGACAAUUUCGGCAGUCGGUAUUUUGCGAGGAGCAAUAGCAAACUUCGGACCCUUCUCUAAACCACUCCGUUCCAGCGCGGAUAACUCCUUGGAGGAAAGGUUCAUGACCCAUUUAUCUUUCAGAGAUGAGCCCGAAUUAACAGGAGACCUCUUACUGAGCAAGUGACAGAGUUUUCUGUCGUGUUUCUCUCUCUGUUUGGUAAACGUCUGCAGUUCUAUCGAACUGCAGAACUCCUCGACCCAGGAGGUUUCGGAGUUGUUAAUCAAAGCAGAGAGUUCACUGAGUGAACGAGAGAAUAACGCACGCAAACGCAGUAUGGAACUGUGACAUUCAUCUAUUCGUAGCUUAAGAAAUGAAAAACCAGUACGGACCAUGAGCUUGUAUCCUUUAGCACUCCGUAAAGGAGGCCGAAAUCUCAAACUCGAUGGAAGCACAUAGUUUUCUUUACAACGGUGAUUGAAAUACAAAUGACGGCGAUACUUAGCAAUGCGGACUCUGAUGUUCGCGAGCCGGUUGACCCUUGUAACAACAGUUUGACCAUACUUUUCUCGCAAAUGAAAUAUAUUAAAGUUCACACUGCAACCAGGUGGACAAUCAGACAUAGUUUGAUGCUUCUCUGGUUUGCAGAUUUAAUGAAUGUAACCGAAGAAGUUACAAUUCAUAGACCCAACGUCUAACGUCCAACGUUACGGAACCCAUCAAGAGAAUUUUGAAUAGCCACAACGUUAAAGUUGCUCAAAAACCUUUUCAGACUUCGCCAAACCCAAGGAUCCUGUCACGAAAGAACAACGAACCGACGCCAUUUAUCCUAUUCCUUGCAAUGACUGUGACAACGAAUACAACGGACAGACCAAACGUCAGUUUGUUACACGGUUAAAAGAGCACCAAAAAGCGGUUUUCCUUUGCAAAAAGGAAAAUUCAGCUUUAUCGGAGCACACAUGCCUAACUAACCAUACAAUUGGGUGGGAUAAUUCUAAAAUUAUCACCACUAAUCGGCGUUACCACCAGCGCCUUUGUUUGGAGGCUUGGCAUAUUAACUCCGCCCACGCUCCUUUAAAUCGUGACGAUGGCGGUUUGCUUCCUGACGCCUAUUUACACCUCGUUAGAAAAAAGGCCGCUAAUUAGUGAUCAUAUAAAAGGACCUCUUGUUGCAGCGUUUAGAUCACCCCUGAUGAAGGCACUAGACAGGAGUGUCGAAACGUUGGGUCUAUGAAUUGUAACUUCUUCGGUUACAUUCAUUAAAUCUGCAAACUAGAGUAGCAUCAAACUAUGUCUGAUUGUUUUAUUUCAUCUCUCUUUCAGCGGUUAAGUCUGUAGAUACAGCAAUGGGUUUAAGCUUAUACUCCACAAACAGUCUUGAGGACGUCGCGCGGGAGUGUCCGAACACGAUCAAAUUCAUGCAGUUGCAGUUUUACAGUGAUCGGCCAUUUAUGGAGCAAGUGGUAAAACGAGCGGAAAAAGCAGGCUACAAAGCAAUUUUCCUAACAGUUGAUAUUCCGGUUUAUGGUAGACAUAAAGCCAGGCGCAAUUUUCACCUCCCGAAACAUCUGAAGUAUGCUAAUUUCAAAUCGUUACAUACGGAGAAAGGACUUCGCACUAACGAGGAGAUUGAUAAUUAUAUUAUCAAUGCAUCUGACGCCAGUGUUGACUGGAAGACAUUUGACUGGCUCCGUUCGAUUUCGUCCCUUCCGUUUGUUCUCAAGGGAAUACUGACUCCAGAAGAUGCUUGUCUCGCGGUGCAACAUGGGGCUCAAGGAAUUAUGGUGUCAAAUCAUGGAGGACGGCAAUUAGAUGGUGUCCCGGCCACUGUACGUUGAUAACUGAUACGAAAUUUUCGAAAGACACCUUUAUUUCUGCCUCGGAGUUAUGACUAUUAAAAUAUUUCAUUUGUUCUCAGAUUGAGGUGUUACCCGAUAUAGUGGAAGCCGUGCGAGGGACUGGGAUCGAAGUGUAUAUAGACGGUGGUGUGAGACUGGGCACUGAUGUUCUAAAGGCCCUUGCUUUGGGGGCACGAGCAGUGUUUGUUGGCAGGCCAGUUAUCUGGGGACUCGCAUAUAAGGUGCCAAACUGGUGUGAAUUUUUUUGUUUAGACUCGCAUUCAAUCGUUUUUUACCACGAACCCUUUGAGCAGGGUACUUUUUCCCCUAAAAGUUUUGUUUUUGCUUUCGUGAGUUUUUCUUUUCUACGUCAGUUUGUUUCUCUUAUUCAUCUAUGUUUUCAGCGUAAAAGAGAUAGAAAUGCUACCCGUGGACUUCGGACAAAAAAUAAAAUACUUAUCAUGGUGUAACAUAGUCUACCACCGGUGCAGAUUUGCACCCACUCGUUUUCCAGCACGAAAUUACUUGUAUCGUUCUUUUGUUCUCUAAAGUCAUGUUAUUUAAUAUGAUUUCUUUUAUUUCGAAUCGUUAUAUAAAUUAUUUUUCUAUGCCAUUUUUGCAUUCAGACCUCGUUGAUCCCAGGGUGAAAUCUUUUUUGACAAACAAAUCAUCCAAUUCAAGAGGAUUAGAGGAGACGUCAUUAAAGAUAAUCAACAGGCCCCGUAACUGUGCAUUCUCUUGUCUUUGUUUUUUUUUUUUUGUUUUUUUUUUUAUAAGGGAGAGCAGGGUGUAAGUAAAGUCCUUGAAAUGCUCAGAGAUGAACUGAAGGUGGCCAUGGCUUUGGCAGGUAUCAUGUUUGAACUUGUAACUCGCAAAAGUCGACUGAAUCCAUCAACUUGGGUCUACCCGUUAAUUCAAGUACAAACGCAAGUUUUAUUGACUCAGGUUUUACAAAAGCUUUCUAAGAAGGUGACCUGCUUCUGCUUCCGAUAUAAAUGA